AUGGUAUUUUUGCUGGAGUUAAAAAAACCAGUGUUGGAUAACCUUGGCGAAAAAGAAUACGAGGUUAUUAAAGGAUUUUCGACGACGUUCCAGAGACUUCUUUGGGUAAUAUGUGGCGAUAAUCCUUCCUUCGGAAUUAUCGACGGCCUGUCGCGCUCCAUCCAAAGCGAGAUCGCAGGCACUAAAUUCCAAAUGCUCCACCUUAAUGCAACCACGGGCAUGCAGUACGGUCCCUUUUUGGCAGGACGCAUCUUGUCUUCAGAGGCCACCAGGGAUAACGAAUUCCACGAGCGAGAUGGCCUAUUACAGGUGACGCGGAUAUAUAGGAGUUUGGCCGAAAAUAAUGCGAUUAAGGACCACUUUAAAGAUCGGACGCGGAUCACCCAAAUCGAUUCGGAUGCGAACCUUCGUUUGACGAUCGAAAGGCCUGGUCUGUUAAAUACUUUAAAAUUUAUUAAAGACGACCGCCUCGCUUUUUCUUUUGCAAAUUACCAAGUUAAAAUUAAAAUCGCGGCCACGGGCAUUAACUUUCGAGACAUUAUGGCCUCCAUGGGACUUAUUCCCAUGUUGGGAAACAAAAUAGCGGGCAAAUUUCAAAUCGGAAACCGCGUAAGUUUUCUGGGAGUCGGCACACACGCGACCAAGGUUCGCGUAAACCAUAAUAUCGUGGUUAAAAUCCCCGAUACGAUAAUAUUCCAAAAGGCUAUUUACAUCCCCGUUUGCUACAUAACUGCCUAUUAUACUUUGGUCAACUUGGAAAGGCUCAGCAAGGGUAAAUCGAUUUUAAUCCAUGCAACCGCCGGCGGUGUUGGCCAAGCCGCUGUGCAGAUUGCCAAAUAUCUUGGCGCGACGGUAUAUAUUACCGUCGGUUCCGAAACCAAGCGAAAGCUGUUGGUGAGCACGUACGGGAUUUUAAAAGACCACAUAUUUAACUCGCGCGACCCCAAUUUCGCCAAAGGUAUAAUGCGCGUCACCAAAGGCCGCGGUGUCGAUUAUAUUCUCAACUCUCUUUCGGGUAAGCUUUUUAGGGCUUCCUGGGAGGUUUUGGCCAUUUUUGGAACUUUUGUUAAAAUUGGUCUACGUAACAUUUUCGACAAUUCGCGCCUCGAAAUGCGGCCGUUUGGGAAAAAUACAACCUUUACCUUUUUUAAUCAGUUUUUUCUUUACGAACAUAAUCCUGCCGUGCUUGGUCAACUUUUCAGCCAGGUUUUUAACCUUAUUUUCACCGGCACCCUACGUGCUCCAAAUCCCUUAACUGUGUGCCAGCUGGACAAGGUUCAGGAUGCCUUCCGCACAAUCCAGCAGGGUAAAUAUAUCGGGAAAUUGGUUCUUUUUUUCCCCGCCGCCGACGAAAACGCAACAACGACAGCAGCCCCCGUGUUGCGGAAAACCAAAGACUUACUCAAACUGGACCCCAAUGUCACGUAUCUUUUCGUAGGUGGAUUGGGCGGCUUUGGCCGCAGUCUUGCCCGGCAAUUUGUUAUAUCGGGUGCUCGGAACUUGGCCUUCCUUUCGAAAUCGGGCGAUGGCAGCCCCGAUGCCCAGGCGCUCAUCAAAAAGCUGUCGGGACGCGGCGCAGUCGUCAAGGCGUACCGCGGCAACGUGGCAGACCGGGCUUCGUUUAAAAAUGCCCUCGACAAACUUGAAAGUGAUUUUCCUCCUGUUAAAGGCGUAAUCCAAAUGGCCAUGGCGCUACGGGAUAUCGUAUUUGAAAAAAUGUCGCACGAAUGGUGGCGAACCGGCCUGCGGCCCAAGGUGCAAGGAAUUUGGAACCUUUACGAAUAUUUUAAUAAGACCCGGCCACUCGAUUUCUUUAUCAUUUACUCCUCCAUUUUAGGGCUUUACGGCUACCCAAGCCAGGCGCAAUAUUCGGCGGGCAAUAUAUAUUAA